CAAUCCUCGCCCUGUCUGCGGCGCCGGCGUCUCGAGUUUUCUGUAGCCUCAGGUUACGAGAUUUUUCCAGGGCGGAGCCCCAGCCCUGCUUCUCACAGCGGGCCGCACAGCAGCCCUGGUCCCCGCUUCCCAGAUCCCCUCUCCCUAGUUGGAAUCCAGGCGUGCAGCCAAGCCCGGUGUGGGCCUGUGUGCUUGUCCCACGCCAUGGCUUCCUCGGGCCCCGGACCCCUGCUCCUCUUGCUGCUGCUGCUGUCGCCCCUGCUGCUGCUGUCGCCGCCUGCUGCGAGCUCGUCCUCCGACCGGCCCCCGGGCAGCGACCGAGUCAACCCAGAGAAGCUGCUGGUGAUCACUGUGGCCACAGCCGAGACAGAGGGAUACCAUCGUUUCCUGCGGUCUGCCGAGUUCUUCAACUACACUGUUCGGACCCUGGGCCUGGGAGAGGAGUGGCGAGGAGGUGAUGUGGCUCGCACAGUUGGUGGGGGACAGAAGGUCAGGUGGCUGAAGAAGGAAAUGGAGAAAUACGCAGACCGGGAGGAUAUGGUCAUCAUGUUUGUGGACAGCUACGAUGUGGUUCUGGCCGGCAGCCCCUCAGAGCUGCUGAAGAAGUUUGUCCAGAGUGGCAGCCAUCUGCUCUUCUCUGCAGAGAGCUUCUGCUGGCCUGAGUGGGGGCUGGCAGAGCAGUACCCUGAGGUGGGCACAGGGAAGCGCUUCCUCAACUCUGGUGGAUUCAUUGGCUUUGCCCCCACCAUCCACCAAAUUGUCCGCCAGUGGAAGUACAAGGAUGAUGACGAUGACCAGCUGUUCUACACACGGCUCUACCUGGACCCAGGAGUGAGGGAGAAACUCCGCCUUAAUCUGGAUCAUAAAUCUCGGAUCUUCCAGAACCUUAACGGAGCUCUAGAUGAAGUGGUUUUAAAGUUUGAUCGGAAUCGUGUACGCAUCCGGAAUGUGGCCUACGACACGCUCCCUGUUGUGGUCCAUGGAAAUGGUCCCACUAAGCUCCAGCUGAACUACCUGGGAAACUACGUCCCCAAUGGCUGGACUCCCGAGGGAGGCUGUGGGUUCUGCAACCGGGAUCGGAGGACACUCCCGGGGGGGCAGCCUCCCCCCCGGGUGCUUCUAGCUGUGUUUGUGGAACAACCCACCCCGUUUCUGCCCCGCUUCCUGCAGCGACUGCUGCUCCUGGACUACCCUCCUGACAGGGUCACCCUUUUCCUGCACAACAAUGAGGUGUACCAUGAACCUCACAUUGCAGACUUCUGGCCAGAGCUCCAAGACCACUUCUCAGAUGUGAAGCUGGUAGGGCCAGAAGAGGCCCUGAGUCCAGGCGAGGCCAGAGACAUGGCCAUGGACAGUUGUCGGCAAGACCCCGAGUGUGAGUUCUACUUCAGCCUGGAUGCUGACACCGUCCUCACCAACCAGCAGACCCUGCGCAUCCUCAUUGAAGAGGACAGAAAGGUGAUAGCACCCAUGUUGUCCCGUCACGGCAAGCUGUGGUCCAACUUCUGGGGAGCCCUGAGCCCUGACGAGUACUACGCCCGCUCGGAAGACUACGUGGAGCUGGUACAGCGGAAGCGAGUGGGUGUGUGGAAUGUGCCGUACAUAUCCCAGGCAUAUGUGAUUCGUGGGGAGACCCUGAGGACAGAGCUGCCCCAGAGAGAGGUGUUCUCAGGCAGCGACACAGACCCAGACAUGGCCUUCUGUAAGACCCUGCGGGACAAGGGCAUCUUCCUCCACCUCAGCAACCAGCAUGAAUUUGGCCGGCUCCUGGCCACUUCCCGGUAUGACACAGACCACCUGCACCCUGACCUCUGGCAGAUCUUCGACAACCCCCUGGACUGGAAGGAGCAGUACAUUCAUGAGAACUACAGCCGGGCCCUGGAAGGAGAGGGGAUUGUGGAACAGCCCUGCCCAGACGUGUACUGGUUCCCACUGCUGUCGGACCAAAUGUGCGACGAGCUGGUGGAGGAAAUGGAGCACUACGGCCAGUGGUCAGGAGGCCGGCAUGAGGAUUCGAGGCUGGCCGGCGGCUACGAGAACGUGCCCACCGUGGACAUCCACAUGAAGCAGGUGGGCUAUGAGGACCAGUGGCUGCAGCUGUUGAGGACGUACGUGGGGCCCAUGACCGAGAGCCUAUUCCCCGGCUACCACACCAAGACCCGGGCCGUGAUGAACUUCGUGGUACGCUACCGGCCAGAUGAGCAGCCCUCUCUGCAGCCCCAUCACGACUCCUCCACCUUCACUCUCAACGUUGCCCUCAACCACAAGGGCCUGGAUUAUGAGGGAGGUGGCUGCCGCUUCCUGCGCUACGACUGUGUGGUCUCGUCCCCACGGAAGGGCUGGGGGCUCCUGCAUCCUGGCCGCCUCACCCACUACCACGAGGGGCUGCCCACAACACGGGGCACUCGCUACAUCAUGGUGUCCUUUGUCGACCCCUGACACUCAACCACUGUGCCAAAUCUUCUCUGCCAUUGUGCCUUCUGCGGGGGCCGGGCCCCCACCCUAGGAGACGGCGGUCUGUCUCCUCACUUCCUAAGUGUGUGUUCUGUGUGGGACUGAAUGUGUCGCCUUACCCCCAAUACACAGCCCUCUCAGGAAGCUGCUGGAGCCCCUUGCCCCUCCCUUCAGCCCCCAUGGUCCAUGGGGAGAGGACUUCGGGGGUUCCCCGUGUGAUAAGUUAUUAAGGUUUCUCAGCCUCCCUCCCAGUAAAGGAGAAUUUGUAACUCUUG